GCGGGCCUUAUGCAGCUGCUUGUCAACAAGAUGGCCUUCCUCCCUUCGCCGUCCUGACACUGAUUAUUUUGGUAUCCCCGAGAACAUACCGUAAAGGCUGGUGUCCCUUCCAAAUAGAUAGCUAGGAGACCUACUGCCGGGAGCCCCAAGGAGGCGCGGAGUCAGCCGCACUGUGUUCAGAGGAGUGACAGGCACAGCGAGCCUCGACAGCAGCAGCCACCACCGGACAAGGUUGAUAAUAGACAGUUAGCUGCUGGCUAAUGUCGACGCUAGCCAGCGAGUGAGCUAGCUUAGCUACGUGGAUAGUUGGAUACUCGUGUCACCUGCAUUUCCCCAAUCAAACUGCUUUGAUCAGAGCCAAACACAGCGACUUGUCAUUGACAGUCAAGAGGGUCGUCCGUGGGGAUUGACAUUGCUACGGUUAUAUGCCCAGCGUUGCAGUUUGGCUUGUUGGCAGACAGUGCCCAUCAGGUUGGCACUGGGACAGGGAGCCGACAAUGAGAGCCCUGGCUCUGGGGGUUUGCUGGCCAGCAUAGAUGCAGAAAUGCCCCAGUGGUCCGCAUCCUGAUGGACCGAGACACCUUCUCCCACAUCCGCCUUUGGUGCCCGCGCCCCUUUGGCACCUACUCCCAGAACAAAGCUAGGAGCCCAGGCUCAGGGGGCAGCAGUGGAGGCGGAGGUGGGGCAGGGUCCCCCUCCCUCUGUAAGGCUGAGCCCUCUUCAGGUGCCAGAAAGACAGGGAAUGGAAGUGAAGACGGUGUGUUGAUAGUGGGGGUGCAAGAAGAAAAUGGCGAAGAGGAGGAUGUGGGCUCAGAGAACACCCCACCUGAACCUGAGCUCGAGUCCAGCUCCGCGACACAGAGCCAGGCCCCUCCACCCUCUUCAACUUCUCCCUCGCCACCCUCUCCCGGGUCCCAGAUGGAAGAUGGCCGUGUGCUGUUAGACACCUGGUAUGUCAUUAAGCCGGGCAACACCAAGGAGAAGAUAGCCUUCUUUGUUGCACACCAGUUCAGUGGAGCAGGCCAGCCCAGACCCAGUGCCAUGAAGGUAAAGGGUAAUUGGGCGACUGACUGCAGUAAAGCCAAAAGACGAAGACGAUGCUCCUCUUACGACCCUCCAACGCGCUCCCAAGUCUCAGAGCUAAACCUCAGCCAUGACUCUCCUCUUGCACCUUCCAGCCCCGAUGAGCCUUCUCCAGGAGGUGUGAAUGAAACAGACCUCUUGUCAGUGGCAGAGAUGGUUGCCUUGGUUGAGCAGAGGACUGCUAUGGCCCUCCAGGGGAUUGUAGCUGUUCAUGGGAACCAACAUCAGCAACCCCCUACAACCACUCACAAUCAGGGUCUUGCCUCCCACCAGCACACUCUACUCCGGGGCACAGUAUCAGACCCCACACCUAUGGUAUUUGUGUCAGACAGUUCAAAUGGCCAGCCCUCCAAAGAGGCCCAAGAGUUAUCAUCUCCCUUCCAGACAGACCAGGAGCUGGAGGAGCAGCAGGAGUCCUUACGGGUGGCUCAGGCCAUCGCGCACUUUGAGUCCCAGAACCUGGAGAAUCGGCUCCCUCUGGGCGCUGGUUCUGGAAUAGACUCCUCUAAUCAGGACAAGGAGUGUAGGAGAGGAGAGGAGUCUGGCAUUGUAACCCCUCCUCCGCCACCCAGCCACAGUCACGGUGAGGUUAGGAUAGCUUUCAGAGUGUCGAAUCUGGACCAGCGGUCUCAGUUGGAGACAGCUGGCAGGUCCCGCUGUAUGUUUAUGAGCUGUGGUGGUGGGAGCAACCAGGCAGCAGCCAGGGCCAAAGAGAAGAUCACCUGUGACCUCUACCAGCUCGUCAGCCCCUCAUCAAGAGACCCCAGUAGUCUCCUGCUUGCUGCCACAACUGCUGCCCCCAAACAAGAUGGAGACCAUCAUCUUCCAGACCGGCUGGUCUGUGGCAGCCCCGACCCAACCCAAGAGCUUUCCUCUGGCGAGAAGAAAACUGCUGGUAUGGGGAGGGAGCGAGUGACAGGCUUCCAUGUGGAGGUUGUGGUGACAGGUGCUGUGGACCAAUGUGUGUUUUAUGGCAAGGACAGUACAGAGAAUGUGCAAGAGGAGACUGUGUGUUUCGCUAUGACUAGUGGAGGAGGGAGUGGUGGGGGUUCCACUGACCCUUCAUCAGAUGAUCCUCCUCCUGGACAGCUCUUCUUCCUUCAGCCGCCCCGGGGCCCUGAGGAAGAUGUAAAAGGAAUUAGCCCUGUUAGUGGGUCGGGAAUGUGCUCUUUGGACUGUGCCAACAACAACGGCCCCGGGGCAGGGGUGGCAGUGGGUUCUGGGGAGCGGGUAACUCGACCAGACUCUCCGAGCAUUGUGGAAGACUGUUCAGACCCUUCGCUGUGUCGCCUCUACCGCCAUGUGUCCCAUGACUUCCUGGAGAUCCGCUUUCAGAUUCAGAGGCUCCUCGAACCGCGCCAGUACAUGCUGCUGCUGCCCGACCAUAUCAUGGUCAACAUCUUCAGCUAUCUGCCGACACGCUCCUUGGCAGCCCUCAAGUGCACAUGCCAUUACUUCAAAAUGCUGAUUGAGACGUAUGGAGUGCGAGCAGUGGAUUCACGCUGGAAUCAAGACCCGCUAUACAGGGACGACCCCUGCAAACAGUGUAAGCGGCAAUAUGAGCGCGGAGAUGUUUCCUUGUGCCGUUGGCACCCCAAACCUUACCACCAUGACCUGCCUUAUGGACGUUCCUACUGGAUGUGCUGCCGGCGUACAGACAAGGACACACCAGGCUGCCGUGUUGGGCUCCAUGAUAACAACUGGGUCCAGCAGCCUUCGGAUGGCUCUCAGCCCAUCCGCACCAAGAGAGAGGACAGAAGGGAGGAGGCCAGGUAGAAAGGAAAUAGUACAGCUCACACAUACCAACUCUCAUCUCCGCUUGUUUACCACCUGUUUUCUCCCUCUCACCUCUGUCCAGAGGACGAUCAGGGGAAGAGGGGUAUGAGGAGAAAUUAGCACUCCACGACUGCUUGUGUUUUACUUUGCUCCAGGAGUCCUUUCUCAUACUUGCCCUCAGUGGAGGGAGUUUGAGAGGUAAAGAAGGAAGAGAGGUGUGUCACUCUCCUUGCCUUGUUUUUUUUUUUUCAAAGCCCUCCAGUGUCCCUCUCUCCCCCCACUGUGUCCAGAGUGGCACCUUUAAAAGAUUGCAUACCAGGGUUGGGGUCCCCUCCUGCUGCUGUCAGUAAGCCCUCUUUCUGCCUCUUAAUCAUCUGGGUUCCUGUCUAACUCCAUACAUGGUUGUUAGGUCAUUCACGGGAAAACUCUGCAGUGUAUUUGACUGAGAUUAGCAUUCAUAAAGUGACGCAUUGAAAUGUAAUGCCCUAGAGCCUGCUUACUGUUCCCAAUACCUGUUCUGUGUUAUCACAAACUUCCAUGUUAGCUGUACAAUGGUGCUUCAAGGAAUGAGAUGUACAACAGAUGUAAAACUUCAGUGGUGGAAUGUUCAGAGUUGCUCUAGAAAUGUGAUUGUAUAAAGCAAACUUGAUUUUCCGUUGUAUAAGAUUGCCAUUUGUACCUGUUCUGCACCACGACUCUCUAUUUUUUCUGAAUGUGCUGUAAAGUACUGUGUUGAUCAGUCCCCUGAUAAUGCUGCUGAAAUCAUUGCCUGUCACUUAUGUAAAUACUGAAAUAGCCAUACCAUUGGUUAAUGACGGGCACAGUCUCCAUAUUAGACCUGCUCCUGUCAUUGUUUCAGAGAGGACCCUAACCUUGCUGACCAGCCAUAUAGAGGAGCCACUGAGGAUUUCUGGUUUACAGAGAAUUGUGGGAGAUGGACUUUAUUGAUCAAGACAUGUGGGAUUGAAUGGGAUUAAAAAGAGAAACUUGAUGUCACUUUGGAAAGGCCUGAUGUCACUUUGUAUGGUUUGAUUGACUUGCUUGUUUGCCUUUUUUUUGUUUGGCUGUUUUUAUUGGUGUGUGUGUCAGAGAAUGUUUGCUGUUGUUUGCUUUUAUUCUUGAGGACUGUGUUCUCCCUGUAUUAGUCUGAGGGCCUACUCAUCCAGCAAAGAUGUAUUUUUGUUUUAAAUACUCCAUCUUUGUUUUAACCCCCAGCUCUCUUCCUUUCCUCCUCCCCUCCGUCCUCCCGAUUCGGCAGAGGGCAGUGUUCACCAAAGCCAUCAUUCAUGCUUCAAAACGAGUGAAACCAACAACCACAGACUGCAGUAACUCUCUACACCAGCUUCCAGCCUUAAUAGCCCCCUACCUCUUUCCCAUCCUGCAGAAGACUGAGGCGUCGGAUACCUCACAGAUGAUCAAGAGUAUUGGGAAUUGCACAGGACCCUGUAAGUGGCAAGAUUUCAGGAGCUCGAUGGACUCAAUUGAGCUCUACUGGAUCCACCCAUAACUCUGUGUGUUGGAGUGUAAGAUGAACAGUGCCGGAUGACGGCUCUGACUCUUCACUGGGGAAAAAAAAACAACCUCUGUCCUCCCCCUUUCCCCUUUGCUUUUCCACUUUCUCUACCUGCAAGCUGACAGACUGGACAUUGAAGAUCUGAAUGUGAUGAAUGAUGCUGAAACGCUGCAUGGAGGAGGGAAGAUGGUUGGGUAGUCAUGGGAGAACUGUAGGUUCCAGACAUGUACAAUGCUAAUGGAAAAUAUCUGCUUAAAUAAAAACAGAAGUGAUGAUUAAAAAACUGGAAAUCUGAA